AUGUCUCCUCCACAUAAAAAAUACCUUUCCGAAAAUGAUGAAACAAAAAUCACAACACCAUUGUCCAAGUUAUUAGUUAAUAAAGAAGAAAAUGAAAUUGAUUUGCUUGAUUUAUUAGAGAAGUACUGUAAAAAACCAACCACUAAAAAACAUGAUUAUAUUCUAGACUUAUCAAAUACAUUAUCAAUUUCACUUUCAAAUAUUAAACAAGA